AUGGGGAACGAAGCUAUACUGCGCCAGGGGGUGGAGGUUAAGAAAGAAGGAGUAGGGGUUGCUGCUUGGGGAGCAAUCGAGGUAAAAAAAGGGAAGUGGCGUGGAUCCGUGUGUAGCAUCGUUGAUGCUCCCAUAGAAAAAGUUUGGAAUAUAGUUUCACAGACUAAAAGACUACCGGAAUGGAUGCCGAUGGUUGAAAGGUGCACGGAUUUAUCCGGCCAAGAUGGUGUUCCAGGCUACGUUCGUCUCGUUUCGGGGUUCAUGUUUCCUCAACAAGAUGGAGAAAGGUCAUGGAUCAAGGAGACGCUGCUUUCCAUGGAUUCCUCAACGUUUACCUAUGUGUAUGCAAUGGAAGCAAGCAAUGUAGGUUUAGAUGGGUCUGAAAAUUCAUUGAAGCUUGUAGAUUAUGGAGAGGAUUCAACGCUAUUUGAUUGGUCUUUCGAGAUAAACGCCAUUGAAGGUGCAAGUGAGGACAGCAUUAUUGAUUAUCUGGGGUUUCUCUACAAAUCUUGCAUUAAUAGGAUCGAGGGUGCUAUAAAAGCAGAAUCUCCUAAAUAG